AUGGAAAAGAGUGAAGAUGAUGCUGAUAGAUGUGGCGAAGGUACUACGAGGAGACGGGAGCAACUGGAGAAAUGUCAACCUCGUCAUUUCCUCACUCCAGCAACUCUCUCACUUCACCCUUCAACGUCUCCAUCGUCAACUACUCGGCGACGACGCGCUCGUCGGCCUUCUCUGCCGUCCAGCCAAUUCAUCCUAGCAGUCAAGAUGAAGUACACCAUUUCGUUCAUCCUGCUUUGCCUGUCUGCUGUCUUGGUACGCGCACAAACACAGACUCUCGUCGACGCGGCGGGACAAACCAUCGUUGAAGUCAUUACGCUUGAUCCAGUCCAAGGUUUACCAACAACACAAACACUGCAAACUCUGCAAGGCGGUGCUGCGCAGCAGACAACAACGACUACUCAACCACUUAACCAAGGGCCUGUAGGUCAGCCUGCGGCUACUACAGCGUUAGUAACGACAUAUGUGUAUACGACUACGGAUGCGUUGGGGGACCCAACUGUCAUCCUUGAUACUUUCACGCCUACCUCUGUCACGGGAACAGUGACUCCCUCGCAAACUUUCACUGGGACGAUCCUCAACUAUAGCAGCUGGUUAAAUAUCGUUGGGACGAACACCGUUGCAGCAGAUACCGCCUCCAGCGCCACGCGUCUCCUACCAUUAUUGCGAAAUUCAUACGCCUGUGCUGCGGGCGCCGCACUGCUCUCGGGAACAUUAGGCGGCGCAUGGCUCGUGUUUGCGUAGUUUGUAGAUCUAACAAAUUAUUUUAAUUUCGCAUAUGUGUCAUUUGCUUUUUCUCUUGCGCUUUUCCUUGUUGUGUAUUGGCUCCCUCGAUUCGGUUUAUAAUCAUCGGAUGGAGGGGUGGAGACGGACGGACUAGUCGAUUUGUUCACUCGCAAAUUUUUAUUAGAACGGAGUGUAAUGUGUUUGCUGCUUUCCUAUGGACAUACACACGAAUUGACGAACGUUACUCAUGACUCUUAUUCAUUUUUAAUCACUCAUCGAUCGCGUCUACAUGUCAACUCCUCGCUUGCCUUUAUCCUUUUGAGCAUGUACAUACAAUUUGCGCCGACUCCCUCCUCUGGCGGGAAGGAUGUGGGGUGACAUGGCGAGGCACAGACGAUUCUCCAAAAUUAAGUUUCG